UUUUUAAUUUUACCAAUAUUUUUCUUUAUGCUCACCAGGACAUGAUUAUAGCUUCUCAAGCUUAUCUAAAAUAAAAGAUUAUAUAUAUAUUAACAUUUUUGAUGAAAUGAUGAUUGAAAAACAUGAGGUUCAGUGUCUUAAGAGCUGUAGUGGUCAUUCAUAUAUAAGAAAGAAUUGGCUUGGAUCUAUCAUCUUCCCCUUUUCUGCUCUUCUGCAACAAUCGGAGUUUUCAGAUCAAAUAGAUGUUUUGCAAAGAGCACAGAUUUUUAAAAAAAAUUGCAAGGCAAUAUUUCCUAACCGAAGAAUCAUAACUGCUGUCUUUAAUGAAGAAGGGAAACAGAUCUUAGUAACAAGAUAUAUCAAGGCAUUAAAUCCACCUCGGCAACUUCUGGAUAUAUUACUUCAUGAUUCUAGUGCAACACUUGACAUCAUUUCUCGAUUUGUAUCUUUGAUUCCUUUUAUGCCUGAUACACUGGAUGAAAAUGAUGGUUUUGAUAUAUGGUUGACAUCGGAGCGCUGCAUCAGUUUGGCUGUUGGAAAUAAGGAGGAGCAUGCCAUACUUCUCUGUAAUUUCUUCCUGUAUUUGGGGAAGAAGGCUUUGGUCCUACUGGGAACCUCAGUGUUAGAAGGGCCCGUGGCUUAUGUAUUAACUCAAGAAACUGACAAAUAUUUGCUUUGGAAUCCGUCAACUGGGCAAUGUCAUAAGCAGUUUGACCCAUUUUGUCCCUUACAAAGUGUAGAUUGUUUGUUUGAUGAUAGAAAUGUCUGGUUUAAUAUUCAACAAAAUAAUAUGCCAAUGGCUGUACAUUUUGACUAUUCAAAGGAAAGUUUCUGGAAGCGGUUACUUCCAAACAAUUUUCAAGAGACAAAAGCACAAAGCAUACAGCCUGAAGAAAUAACUUAUACUGAUACUAAUAAAAGCAUAGUGGAAGAUCUAAAGAACAGGAUUGAAAGGACUCUAAAGUGUAAAAUGAUGGGAUGGCGACCUCAACACCCAACACGUUGGAAUCGACAAUGUUCUUCUAUUUUGCGACAAAUCCUUCCUAAGCUAGAAGUUGGCAAAGGAAGCUUUGCUUCAUAUGAAAAAGAGAGUGAAUUUGAAAGACUACUACAACUUUAUUGGGUUGUAGGAUUUCCCAUCCAGAUGCCAUACACUGAUCUACAGUCAGUUAUUGAUGCCGUGUAUCAAACUGGAAUUCACUCUUCCGAAUUUCCCCAGGCAGAAUUUGCAUUAGCUGUGUACAUUCACUCAUACCCAAGUAACAUAUUGUCUGUGUGGGUUUAUUUGGCUUCCUUAGCCCGAUAUAAGUGAAAAGGCAGAAGAGAAAAGGAAAAGAUUUUGGUAUUGUGCUAUGACUUCCUAGACCAGGAGCAAACCAGACUUUUCUGGUACCUUGGGAUUUUGCUGCUUAUUCUAAAAUCUAGCCAAGUGCUGAACCCAAUUUUUGAUUCACUUAUCAAGUUGAGCAGUAUGGAGAUUUAUUCCCCUGGGUCUUUGAGGAUGAGUCUAGAUGCCUCCUCACCAGACACCUCUUCAAGGAGGACCCUUUGGGAAGUCUGGCUGUCUUGGGUCACUGUCUACAGUAAGGCUUAUUCUGGGAAAGAAGCAAUUCUGGCCUUUCCCCCUAAGGCCAAUGUUUCUCAAAUUGUGGGCCUCACACCAUCUCCAUCAGAAUCACCUGGAGAGCCUUGUUGAAAAUGUAGAUUCCCAUAUCCUAUGCAAGACCUAUUAAAGUAGAACCUCUGGGAGUAGAGCUCCAGAACCUGCAUUAUUUUCAACAAGCACCCGCAAAUAAUUCUGAUGCACUUUUAAAAGGAAGAACCCAGACUUAUAAAAUGUUGUCAUUACAAAAGUAAGGCUGGUACAUUUGAUGCUGGUUCUGAUAUAAUUUCAGGUAGAUGUUACUCAAAUGGAAACCUAAGGUCAUUGCCUCUCAUAGAUAAAAGGUUAUUUCACUGAGAAAGAAAAAAAGGAAAAUCUACCAUGUUGGGCUGA